AUGGCGACGACAGAGCCCCGCAACGCCUGGCAGAAGCUGAAGCUGCGCUUGCGUGGCGAUGUCGCGAUCAGGCAAGAAAAGUACGAUCACAGGGAUGUACUGAAGGCCUCCAUCGGCUCGCCAAUCAAGGUGUCUGCACUCAGUCCGACAAUGACGAGACAGAUCAUCACAAACGCAGAUAAGAGGAUUCUCAUUUGGUUGGACGAAGUCAACGCGGCUGCAAAGGAGUCUAUCAACAUCAAGUCGCAGAUGUACGAUGCCCCAUGUCAAAUCGCGCAGAUUGCAGAGAGCUGUCAAAGCGAGGGUACUGGACCAAGCUCGUUUGAAGCACAUGGCGUAGGCGAAUUCAGCGAGGCCAUCAUUCGUCCCUUGCGCGUCAAGACAAGGAAAAGCUCUAGUCCUCCGAUCUCGCCCGUGAUGACACAAUGCGAACCGACACUCAGCCCUCUUGAUACCAAGUCGACGCGCCGCGCUUGUACAAGUCAUUUCUUGCCGCGAAACAGAGUGUCUUCACUGACAACGGCAGCUCAGGGCCGUCAGACAAUGCCACCCCUGUCGCACUCUCUCCCUUGCUCUGCGCCUACUGGGGAACUGCGUACCUCGAUUGCCAAGGCAUCACUGGCAAGCUCAAUCAGUCGCACGAAUGCCCUCAAAUUCCCGACACCGCCCAGAAGAUCGCCGCAGAGCUGGCGCAAUCUCUUGAAAGUCCCCGACGAAUCAGCGGACACGCUCAUCGACGAAACAUCGCAAGACACAGUACCUUUGAUCGCAGGCAGACUCGCGGAUAGAAGAGUCUCGAAGGCGCCGCGCUGGUCCCGUCCUCUAUCGAGACUGUUCCAUGCAGCUACAUCCGAGCCCAAGUCGAUGGCGACUCAACGCUACUCGGUCUCGUCGUCGUUCUAUAGCUCAGACUCGCAGACCUUGGCUUCUUUUGGCGCACACGAUCCCUUAUCAGCACGUCACGCAUCGGUCAUCAGUACCGACAUUGCGCUCAAACAGGCUGAAGUCGUCAAACAGCGUGAACGACUAACCUUGCUGCCAAAGACGAUUGAGCUGUCUGCAGAGCGAAUGGGCAUCACCGACGUCGAAGCCGAGAUCUCAGAAACACUCAACGAGCUCUGCACUGCGCAGUACCAAGCAGCUUUGAACGAGCUACGCCAUUCGACGAGCCGUAAGCGAUUUGCUUCUUGA